ACGACGACGUGGACAAGAGAGAGAACGCUGCUCGCAGGGGCGAUGUAGGUGCGCUUGUGGUGGUGCCUGGCCUGCCGCCCACCACCCCUGUCCAGGCGUUCUUGGAGCGGCGUGGAUGGUUCAAAGAUCGCGCUCGGAAAUUUGGCAACUGGAUAGCAAGUAAAGUCCCGGGAUGGCAUACGGGUCCGUCCGGUGGCUUGAUGCCUGUCGAGGACAAUAAAAAUACGGGCGCGUUGUAUGUAGUAUAGCAGGAAAUCGCCACGACUGAUAGUUCAUGUCGUCAAUCGUCCAUGAGGGUAUAGUAAGCAGAAUCAACAUCAGAAGAGCAUGUAUAGCGGCAUAGAGGGUACAUGACAUACAGAUACAGUUGGCCGAGAGAUGCGUGGCAGUCUGUUCUCUACUGACAUUUGUGAACACUGAUACUGAAAAACAUCACUUCUAACCAAGAAGCUGCUGAGGAGCUUUUCAGAAAAGUCUGCGAGAAGUUGGCCAGGAUGGGAAAAUUUUUACGACAGGUUGUUGUGAUUAUAUAUUUGUGCCAGGCUUCUUCACUAUUCCAGCGUAGCUCGCUGUGAUCCCAUGUCCAACAAUGUACUCUACUUACUUCGUUCAGACCUUCGUUCAGACUCAGCAACCACCUCACUGCGCAUGAACAAUAAUCAAUGAUCAUAUAUUUUUGAUAGUUUUUUUAUUAGUUAGUUUUUCUCCUUGGGCAUUGAGCUCAUCUGAAGACCUGCUGCAUCAUCACCCAUGACGACCAUUUUCUUGUCUGAUCACCUUUUUUAUCCUCCUUCAUUUUUAUCAACUUUUCAACAUUCUGAAAACCUGACAGGUUGAAUAUUACUGUAUUGCCUGUCAACUAGUACUCUGAUUCUUGGUUAAAGUUAACGACCUUGUAAGUACUGCAUACUGUUAGUUAUUGCUUAUUUUCCCUCCUGCUUCUAUCAACGUGCUGGCACUUGUCCGCAAAAGUGUAUCAGCAUGUAAAUGACAAGAAGUCGGAGUGUCUAAUAUUAGUGGGGAACUAUCUGAAGUCAGCGGGCAUGUAUCUUCAGUCUGUCCUGCUCGACGGUUUUUUGGGCAGCGUACUCGGCGUUUUUUCGCGGCACAUGGUGGGCCUGUUCCUGCAGUCUUUUAGUGGCGUGGCAGCGCUAACUGCAGCCCGGCCGGUGAUCAGUAUUUUUCUCGGAAAGCUGUUGGAAUCCGUCGUGGACAUGGCUCACCUCGGAGCAAAGAUCGUGCCCUUGCUCUUCUCAGUGCUGGACAAAAUGGUAAUGGCGCAGGACUUCCUAGGCAGCCUUGUUUUCGCACCGGCUAGGGUCAAUGAGCUCUGGGACGAGAUCAAGAACCACUUUGACCGGCAUGGCGACGAAGACAACCCGGCUGGGAACGGCAAGCAUCCCUCUUCUGGUGGCCAUGGCUCCUCUUCGUUUUUUGCACUUAAGGGUUUCCAAAUUGCAUAUUCCACUACCAUCCUUGACCUCUUUCCUGGUAGGGAAAAGCUAAGGAUGUUCUGGGGAAUGUAAUGCUGCGAUCUCUAAUGUGCGAAGCUCUCCGGAGAGUUCAAGUGCGUCCGGAUCUUCCGGUACCAUCUUUUACAGCCCGUGUCUCAUCAAGGAUAAGGUCGCCUGACCCCACAAAUAAGUAUUAUAUGAUGUGCCCAUUAGUACUUUUACUCGCGUCGCUACAUACUGAAACUGAAUCAGGCAGGAUUCAUAAGUUGUCACGAGGUUCAUCAAGAAUGAGUGAGUGAGUAUUAAUAUGUGUUCCUGCUGUACUAGUUAUACAUAUGAAGGUCUCGACACAACAAAAGUGUUGACUUAAGUACUAGCUAUGGGCGCCCGAUAACAUGACACCCCUCCCACUAGGAUCCCUCUCCUCCCGAAAAUAAGAAACUAAGCACGGCCUGCCUGCGUGGGUUUUGCUCGUCUUGUCUCUCCUCUUUCUUCAUCUCAUGGCCGAAAAUUUUCCGCGUUUUUUCGCCGUCUUGGGAUUGACUUCGCUGGGCUUGAAGGGCUAAAGCCCCAAAGUUUUCGACUUUCGGCACUUUCUGCGAAAUUCAUUCAAAUUCCGAAAAUUUUCCGCGUUUUUUCGUCGUUUUGGGAUUGGAUUCCGUGGGUCUGAGGCGCUAAUAAAGCCCCAAGGCUUUCGACUUUAAACACUCUGGCGGGGAUUCAACUCCCUGGGCUCGAAUUUUUCAAAUUUCGAACAUUUUCCACGUUUUUGCGUCGUUUUGGGAUUGAAUUCCGCGAGUUUGAAGCGCUAAAACCCCAAGGCCUUUGACUUUAAGCACUUUCGCUGGGGUUUAAUCUCUUGGGCUCGAAUUUUUCAAAUUUCGAAAAUUUUCCGCGUUUUUUCCUCGUUUUGGGGUUGGGUUCCGUGGGCUUGAAGUGCUAAAGUCCCAAAAUUUUUGAUUUUAGGCCCUUUCGUUCCCUGGCAUUCAAUUUCUUGGACUCGAAUUUUUCAAGUUUCGAAAAUUUUCCACGUUUUUCUGUAGUUUUGGGAUUGAAUUCCUUGAGUUUGAAGUGCUAAAGUCCCAAAGUUUUUGACUUUAAGCACUUUCGCUGAGUUUUAGUCUCCUGGUCUCGCAUUUCUCAAAUUUCCAAAAUUUUUUAUGUUUUUUCGUCGUUUUGGGAUUGAAUUGUGUGAGUUUGAAGUGCUAAAAUCCCAAAAGUUUUGACUUUAAGCGCUUUCUCUGGAAUUCAAUGUCCUGGAUUUCGGUUUUUCAAAUUCCGAAAAUUUUGCGCGUUUUUUCGCCGUUUCGGGAUUCAAUUCUGUGAGUUUGAUGAAGUGGUGCUAAAGCCCCAAAGCUUUUGACUUUAGGCGCUUUCUCUGAGAUUCAACUUCUUGGCCUCGAGUUUUUCUUAAGUUCAUGGCUUCGUGGUUUCAUGGUUUCUUUUCGUGGUUUCUUGGUUUCUUGGUUUCAUUCCUGGGCUCAUGGGUUUGGGGUUUGUUGGUUUUUGUGUCGGAGGUUGUGGGUUUGGGUGUUGGAGGUUGAGGCUUCGGAGGGGAAGCGUUUGCUGAAUUUUAUUUCUCUUAAUAUUCUUUGGUUGCUGAACCCGAUAGAGAUCGUACUUCUGAUGAUCAUGAAGCAAUGACCGCUGAUGUUUCUUGGUGGAGGUGGUGGGACGCGGGUGAUUCAUUUGCGCCUCCAUCGUCUUCAUUCGAAACGCCUUGGACAUCAUUUGCCUGCCUCUCUGUGACACGACGGCGGAAUAGCUUUCCGACUACUUAUUGAUUUAACACAGCUGUUAAGAGUUCGUUUGUCAGAUGAGAUGCAUCCUCACGAGGGCUGUGCCUGGCUAUUUUCCAGAGGACUUUUUUUUUAGAAGUAAACAACUGGAAAAGGCGCCAGGCAGGGACACUUACGGCGAUGCGACUUUUGUACUACUGGCCGCUCUAAGAAAUCUGGCGCCAACACAGAGGAGGCGAGAAAUGGCCUGCGACGUCGGGUAUCGCUUCCGACCAAACCGGACGAAGGGCAAACUUGGUCAACACCACGUCGCGCGGCUUCCAUUUCUGACGGGUCAACACUGCAGCGUGGCAUGAAUGGAACCACGGCGAUGCGAUAUGCAGGAGAGGUAUCCUCCUCCUUGAAUGUCAUGGGUGGAGUGGAGAAGGUGAUGACAAGUAGAAGAACCUCGACUUCUGGUGGCCCACGAACUACAAGCAGCGCGUCUUCCGAUUCUACAAAAUCAAUUCGUGGCUCUACAGAAGCGACGAGUCGUGCUCUCGUCAUGGCGUCGAGCCGUGCUCUUGUUCCGACAGCGUCCUCACUGGCUGGACACGACAGCUUUUCCUCGUUUUUAUGAAGAUGACUCAGUCAUUUGAAUUUGAUUUCCUUCGCCCCGUGCUUUCGCAAAGCCCAGACACGUUUUUGAGCAUUCAGAUUCACACCACCACCAGUUUGGGGAUUGCGUAACUUUGUAUGGGAGUAGUUGUGUUUGACCAGGAGCAGAGUAACUACUUAGCGAAAAGACGAAUUUGGUACAUGAAAUACAAGGCGUGAAGAACGGGAAGAUGUGGUAAGUUUUUGCGUCGUUUGGCCGAAAGAGUUUUCAGCAGCUAUGCUGUUUCUAGAUCCGCGCCCACCGGGUUGUAUAUAAGAUACAGCGUCACGACACUUAUAUAUAAGCACUUCGAAGUAAGUAGAUUUUAUUUGUUGCUAACAACAGUUGUUUUUGAUCGUGAAGAUCUUCAUCCCCCGGAACCCAUGAAGACCCCCGGAACCUGGUUCGCCUCCCCUGGUAGUUGCUUUCAUGCAGAGGGAGCAGCACCAAUGAUCCGAUGCCGGCAACCGCGUUUCUCGAUGUGCAGCGUAAAUCGAUCUUCGGUUCUACUUUUUCGGAACUCAAGGACAGUCUGGAGAGGGAGCUUAUGGGGCCGUGGACUAAUCCCGAAUCGCUUGGGGACUUUAUCGCGAGCUGCAAGGAAAAGCUGCUCGAAGUGGUGGCAAACUCGCUGGAGACUCUCGAACACUUCUUCUUCCUUACGUAAAUACGUGCCUUGCGUAAAUAGUUCGCACUCUUCACACUUCAAUCAAAUUUUGAAAAGUUGUAAGAGCACAGUGCUAGUUCUUGUUCUUGUUGAUAGUAGUUGCUCAAUAGUGCGCUUUUUUUCGUCACAGAGAAGUGCAACGUCGACUGAUCUAGGCCUCGCUUUUGUUCUUGUUUCACUAGUCUGCUGUCUGAGACUGCAUAUACAUAACUGAUUCACUGGAAAAUACGCGAGAGGGCUUUUCUAUUCCUUAACCCUAUAGGUCCUAGACGAUUCUCUACCUUCUCCUAGUGCUGUAGUUUGUCUCGCCAGUCACUAGUUGUCCUGAAGAAGUGAGUGCUCUACCUUUCGCUUCGAUGAUAGAUUAUGCCAACUAAAAGUAUAGCCGUACCUACCGCAUGUGAAGCAGCAUGGAGUUCUUCUAAUUUCGACGGCAUCCUCGCUGGCGUUUUGUCUCUCUUGGUGAAUGGGCUUACUCGCAUCAUCACUGCAGCCAUCGUAAAUGUCGCGCCUUCCGGUCUCACAGAAAUCGUCACAGUCGUGUUACCGCAGGCGUUGUGGGGGAUCCUUCAAUCGCAAAUGAAGUCUAUUGAAACAUUGGUGAUCUUAUGCUGGUGGCUAUUGGCGUACCACGAGAGUGAACACAUUUUCAACAAGUAGAAGACAGUCUCAGCAAGUGCAUAGAGGUAAAAUCUGUAGAUGUCUAUACAGGCUGUUGCGGUGGACGUUGCUGCGAUCGUUGUGACCUGCUACUUUCAAAAAUGAGUUGGAAAAAGUGAUUCGAAAAGUGAUCCGAUUCCUUUCGUCGGUUUUUCGAAUCAAGAAGAUGAAGAUCAUGAUCAUGAAUUGCCCAUAAAUUCACGUUCGUCGGAUUGAAUGGCGCGUGUGUAAGUAUCCCUGCAGGAGGCCCCUAAAAAAGCCCCUUCCACCUUCAUUUGCCGAAGCGUUUAGAGACUCGAAAAUCCUGAGGAACACCGCAGAAGCGCUGCAGGAGCACAUUUUUGGAGACAACGGGGUCGGCAACAUUGACGGGUGGCUAGCCAAAAAAAGCGAGAUGUUUACGCAUGGUGACUUUUCGCUGUAGUUUUUUGCUUAUAAUACUCAUCGAUGGUUCAUCGGAGAUCCCUCGAUGAUUCGGAGAUCGUUCGUAGAUAUUAUUUGCAAUAUAAAAGAACAAUUAUAAUACUCAGGCUGUAAGAUACUGGUCCACCUUGGUGCUCCCCAAUUGUUUAAUGCUUGUGCUACUUUAUCAUAGUGAUAGUUUAUUACCUCUAGGCCCUUCGUCGUAUUAUAUCAUUUAUUUGUUUCCGGAAUCCGGACAACUAGAACUAGGCCUGGCCAGUAUCUUGCUAAUAGCUCUCCUGUCAACUACAUUUGGGAAAUCCAUACACAGUUUUUUAUCUAUGUACCGGCUCGUUUUUACCUCUAGCGUGUAGCCCUUCCAAACAAACUGUUUUUUAUGUAUCAGAAAUACUAACUUAGAAAGAUGGCGACGUGACACUCUAAGAGUUUAGAAUUCUUCAACGAGAAAAUUGUUGAGAGGCUGAGGACUCUGGUGGACGGCGUUGAUCAAGCCGAAGAAAAGCGGAAAUCUUUGCAACGCUCGAACUCCAGGCCUUCGGCAGCGUCGACCGAUACAGGUGACACGACAUCAUCGACCGAUACGACGAGUUUGGAAUCUUCUGAACCUGAAGCUUCGUCUGGAUCGUGGGACUGGGGGAGUUUGGGAUCUAAAGUUUCGUCUGGG